GCAGUAGCGUUGGAGCGUCGGUGGAGGAGCGUGUGCUUCCCUCCAGCACCGGUUCUUGCGCGUAACAUCAGGCUGCUGUCGGCGCGCGCACUUCUUGCAGGCCGCGGAUUGAAUUGGAUCCGUCGCUCUUGUUGCUGCUGAGAUUGUUGUUGUUGCGGGACGAGCUCUCGUGCAGUCGCGACAAUGGCAACGAUGGACUCGACGGCAUCUCGACUAUCGCGACGAUGGACUCGACGACAUCUCGACUAUCACGACGAUGGACUCGACGGCGUCUCAGCAGCUGAGAGCCUUCGGGUGCGCUCUCGUGCAGCGCCGGCGACCCAGCGUCGCUUGCAAUGUGGUGAAAAUUGUUUUUUUCCAAUUUCGUCCUUGAAGUCGGCCAAUUUCCCGUCCGCUUCGAUUUUCUUUUCCUUGCGAGCCCGAGCUCGAGUGGACGAGGAAUGUUGCAUCCAAGUCUUGAGUCUUGAACUCGUAGCUUGUUUCUAGGUUCAUGUUUUUGGACUCUGGAUGAUUUUGAUGGAUUGUUGAAUUGCCGAAUUCAAGGACGACUUGGAAACAAACGACUUUCUCUCACUUUGGCCGUAGAUUUCGGACUGUGAUUUGAAAAUGGCCGGAUUUUCUCCAUCUUCUGGCGCCUUUGGGACACCAGCGGCGGCGAGGAGACCUCAAUUGCUCACCGGACAGAGGAAAAGAAUGACCUUUUCGACAAAUGCUCUGCCCGCGGACACUUAUUGGAUUACGGUGAUCCAAGCUCUCGGAGUAUCCGUGUUCAUGGCUUUAGCAGCUGUCAUUUCAGGUGUAGUUAUCAACGUCGUACUCGAGGUCAAAGCCCUGAACAUAGACCAUUCUCGGUAGUACCGAUUUUUUACCUGAAAUAACCUACAUCUUUUCUUAUACGCUCCGUGCAGAAUCCGAAGGAGACUUCUUUGCCUUUACGAAAGAAGCGCCACAUAUUACUGUGACAAUAUAAACAUUUUGUUCAAUAUCCAACUUUGAAAUAGGGAGGUAAAUAGCUUAGCCAUGAUUUGAAUAUAUAUAUAUAUAUAUAUAUAUUUGUUGAUGAGUUCUCCAUAGCAAGAUGACUGG